AUGACCUGGUCUUCAAUGCCUCAUCAUUCAAAUAAUACAAAUUGUUCAAAUGAUACUAUUGAAAAAGCUGGACUUACAGAAAUUACUGAACAUGUUUCAUCCAUUGAAGAUGCAUUUAUUUAUUUUAUGUCGGAAAAAAUACUACAGAAAAUUCUGAUUUAUUCCAAUAUGGAAUACACUCGAAACAUUAAUUCCAAUGAAAAACCAGCAGAAAUAACAAUGAUCGAAUUAAAAGCUUUUACCGGACUUCUAUUGCUAGCUGGUUUAUUAGGAAAAUCAAAGACAAAUUUGAAAUGCUUAUGGAGAAGAAGUCCAUUAGAAUCUCCAAUAUUCAAAGCCGUUAUGUCAAGAAGUCGUUUCGAAGAAAUAAUGUCCUGUUUAAGAUUCGAUGACAAAACGACAAGAGAAGAAAGAAAAAGAACAGAUAAAUAUGCAGCAAUUCGUGAAAUCUGGUCAGAUUUUCAAAAUAAUUUAACAAUGUGUUAUACACCAGGAGCCGUUCCAUUAGCCAAAGAACUUCAAAAGAAAAACCUGACUCUCACAGGAACACUACGAAAAAAUAAACCAGAAAUCCCCAUCGAAUUUCAAUCAAAUAAAAAUCGUGAAGUUGGCUCCUCGCUUUUUGGUUUUCAAGAUGAUCUAACUUUAGUUUCAUUUGUACCUAAACCAAAUAAAGCUGUUUUAUUGCUUUCUUCAAAACAUCAUGAUACUCGAAUAGACGCAAAAACUGGAAAACCAAUGAUUAUUAUGGAUUAUAACAAAACAAAGGGGGCUGUUGACACUGUUGAUCAAAUGUGUCAUAAAUAUACGGUAAAAAAGCUCUUUUAA